CAGGGUUUUCGCAGCACAAUCGCCCUCAAGCGCAAAACAGUGAAUCAGCAUCUCAGACGGGUCGACAAUCUUGUACAUCAUCUAUUUACUGGAGCACUCCACCGUCUACUUUACUGUCGUAAUGUAGCCAGAUUGGUUUGUAAUAUCCGGGUUGGUCGGAGGGAGUGUCUCUGCUGUGAUUUCCAAUAGAAAAACGCUGGAACAGCCACACGCCACGGAGCCACAAGCGCCGCAGAGAAAGCAGCAGUCCCUGCCGAGCAAAGAACAUGACCCGGGCUCGUGCUAGAGAGAGACCAGCGAAAAGAGAGAUAAACAUGGAUUUUUGCCCUUUUAAUGUAUUGGAUUUAGCUUGAGAGACAUCUGAUGGGCGCCUCACCACUUAUGUUUUAGCAAGAAAAAAGCAAAACAACCUUGCCGCUUCAUUCGUCCCAUCGUCAGUAUGGAGAAAACGCUUUACGGUUCGCCUGGGACUGCAAAAGCGAACUCAGGAUCUCUGCCCACGGACAGGGGGAAUUCUGCAAGGAAGAUCGGCAGGACUGGAUCCCAUAGUCCGGGCUCGGCCUCCCUCGGCUGCCAAGGGGGCGGCGGUGGAAAUCGGGGAGAUUUGUUGGGAAACAGCAUGAAUUUGCAGCAAGCUCACAAGCGGCUGUUGGAAGGCGUGUUGAGCAAAUACACAAACCUCAUCCAAGGUUGGCAGAACAGGUACUUUGUCCUUGACCCAGACCAGGGUCAGCUGCAGUACUUUGUGAAUGAGCAGGGCAAAUCCCAGAAGCCCCGUGGGUCCCUGCCCCUCAUUGGGGCAUCAGUCACCCCUAGCGACGAGGCACCGCACAUGUUCGUCAUCAACUCGGCCAACGGGGAGCUCUUCAAACUCCGAGCCACCGAUGCCAAAGAGCAGCAGUUCUGGAUGAACCAGCUUCAAGCCUGUGCCAGACGCCACUCCGACAGCAGUGCCAAGGUCAGGGAGCGAAAGGUGUCUGAUGAGCAGCGCCUGUAUGUGGACAAGACAGCUGGCUGCCAGGACGGACCGGGCUCUUCUGGUCGGACGAGGAGUUUCUCUCUCCUUCCUCACAUCCCGCCCGCCUCCGCCUCCUCCUCUCCCGGCUCCCAGAGGCACCUGGGCCACCCCGGGGCGCCUAGCAACAUCGUCACCAUCACCCACCACAAGUCGCCUGCCGCUGCCCGCCGGGCCAAGAACCAGUACCCCUCCCGACUGCAAGAGGUCAAAGAGGACAAUGAAGAGAGUGACCGGAAGCAAGUGGGACAGAGACAGAGACAGAGAGAGGGGGUGGGAUCAGGAAAUGACCCUAGGACGGACUCAAAUCCAGGUUCCUGUGGGCACGUGUACCCAAAUAUGGUGAUGUCCCAGGCCGAGGGUCAGCAGAAGAGCCUGAUGCAGUCCAUCGAGUCCCUCCCCGCCCGCGGGCCGCUCACCUGUCUGGACCAGGACCUCCUCCUUCUGAAGGCCACCUCAGCUGCCACCCUCAGCUGCCUGGGGGACUGCCUGAGCAUCCUCCAGCAGAGCUCCGGACACGGACACCACCAACACCACCACCAACCCCAUCACCAGCACCACCAGCAGGGCUCCACCCCCACCACCACCAGGCCUGGACCCUCCGCCCGCGACCCACCCUCCGAUUGUCUCCCGCUGUGGACUGUGCCCAAAUCUCCGUCAGCAGAGAGGCUGAGGAACGGAGGUGUGACCCCACUGUGUUCGGCCGAGCCCUCUCCCGCCCUCCAGAAGAAGGACCUGCCCCAGAAUGCUCAGCACUCAGGUAUGGAGUCCGUGAGUCCGACAGAGGAGGUGACGGACACAGAGGACAAUGAGGAGGAGGACCUCGGGGUGCUGGAUGACCAGAGGAGCAUCAUCUUACACCUCCUGUCCCAGCUCAAACUGGGCAUGGACCUCACACGGGUGGUGCUGCCUACCUUCAUCCUUGAGAAGCGCUCGCUGCUGGAGAUGUACGCCAACUUCAUGGCUCACCCGGACAUGUUCCUGGCCAUCACCACGGGCGCCACGGCCGAGGAGCGCAUGGUGCGCUUCGUGGAGUACUACCUGACCGCCUUCCACGAGGGCCGCAAGGGCGCCGUGGCCAAGAAGCCCUACAACCCGGUGCUGGGCGAGACCUUCCGCUGCUCCUGGGCGGUGCCGCGCGACCGGGUCCGGCCCCUCAGGACUCACGCCCACACGCUGGGGCCCGCCACGCUCCGGGACCCGGCGCUGGACGACUCCUCGGCAGCAGCGUCGGCGUCGGCGGGCUGCUACCGGGUGCGCUUCGUGGCGGAGCAGGUGUCGCACCACCCGCCGGUGUCGGGGUUCUACUGCGAGUGCCCCGAGAAGAGGAUGUGUGUAAGCGCCCACGUGUGGACCAAGAGCAAGUUCAUGGGCAUGUCCGUCGGGGUGUCCAUGCUGGGGGAAGGAACACUUUGCCUUCUGGAGCACGAUGAGGAGUACGUGUUCACACUGCCCUGUGCCUACGCCCGCUCCAUCCUCACCGUGCCCUGGGUGGAGCUCGGGGGGAAGGUCUCCAUCAGCUGCGCCAAGAGCGGCUACUCCGCCACCGUCACAUUCCACACCAAGCCCUUCUACGGAGGGAAGGUCCACAGGGUGACUGCUGAGGUGAAGCACAACACCACCAACACCAUCGUGUGCAAGGCUCAGGGGGAGUGGAACGGCACGCUGGAGUUCACCUACAGCAGCGGAGAAACCAAAGUGAUCGACACCGCCAAACUGCCCGUCAUCAGGAAGAGACUGCGGCCAGUAGACAGACAGGGACGGACAGAAUCCAGGCGAUUGUGGCAGCACGUCACCACGGCGCUGAAGGAGGGAAACAUUGACGCGGCCACAGAACACAAGCACCGCCUGGAGGAGAGACAGCGUGGGGAGGAACGACAGAGAGCCGCCAACAACAUGCCCUGGAAACCCAAAUACUUCAUGAAAGAGGGGGAUGGAUGGGUGUACCUCAACCCUCUGUGGAAGGCCCACUGACGUCCCCUAACCUUGACCCAGGAACAACAAGUGCUUUAUACGGAACUCUCUCACACACACAUAUGGACCAGAGACAUACGUUAACCCCUCCAGCCCACAAGCAGAGGAACAGACUGAACGAGAGAAGAAGAAGAAGAGGAAGAAGAAAAAGAGGGGGAUGAAGCGAGGGAGCCAAAGUAAAAGUGGAGGAGGAGAGCAUCACAGGCUGGACAUUCCUGGAUAUCUGCUAUGGGGGACACAGAGA